UACAAUAAAAUGUAUACUGUAUGUAAUAAAUAUAAAUACAUGUAUAUGUGAACUAUGGGGAUGCCAUUUUUUCACAUAAAGCAGGGCCAUUGCCGUCCGUUAGAUUGACGGCGAUGACUUCUCCCAAUCCGCGUAAACGGUGCGCCGUCAUCGUUUGCCUGACGGUGACGGCAGUCAUCGUUCUGUUAGUCCUUCUCAUCGUCAUCCUUGGCUUCACCGUUUACAAGCCCAAACAUCCCGUCACCACCGUUAACUCCGUCUCCGUCGCCGACCUCGAUCUCUCCCUCGACUUAACGUCCGGCGUCAAAUUGAACAUCAGCCUCGACGCCGGGAUCAACGUCCGGAACCCUAAUCGGGUCGGGUUCAAGUACUCCGACAGCACCGCGUAUCUCCGGUACAGAGGAAAAGACGUCGGCGAAGCUCCGAUCGCCGCCGGCAGGGUCGGCGCGCGAUCGUCAACGGAUAUGAACAUCACUCUGACGGUGAUUGCGGAUCGCCUCGUCUCCGACCGGAAUUUCUUCUCCGACGCGGCGUCCGGCACGUUACCGUUCGAGUCGUUCAUCAAACUCGACGGGAAAGUGCGGAUCCUCUUCAGCUUUCACGUAACGGCCUACGCGACCUGCGAUCUGCAAAUCCAUGUCUUCAAUCGGUCUGUGAGCCAAAAAUGCCAUUACAAGACGAAGCUAUGAUUUUUCAUUCUCUCUGUUUAUUUGUUUCUUCGUCGGAGAAUGAAAAAAGGUUCCAUCUUUGCCUGUAAAUUAAAUUAAUUUCUGUAGAAUUCUGGGAAGAUUAUUCCUUUGAUCGAUUUGAUGGGCACCGUUCACAGA